AUGUUCAGAACAGCUACUACAAGAGUAUCACCACGCUUAUCUUUGGCCACAAGAUCUGCUGCCAAACGAUGGGCUACCACAGCACCCAAGACGCCCGUUGAUCCUACUGCACCUGGUCCCAUGCUUCGAUAUCAAAAGAAUUUACCCAAGCUUCCUGUACCUGCCUUGAGCGCCACACUUCAAAAGUACUUGCAAUCUGUUCGUCCUCUCUUGAGCGAUGCCGAAUUUCAACGCACUGAACAAGCUGUCAAAGAGUUUGAAGCCCCUGGAGGGUUAGGACAAGAAUUGCAAGAACGAUUACUUGCCAAGGCUAAUGACCCUAACGUCGUCAAUUGGAUGGAAGACUGGUGGUUAGACCAAGCCUACAUGGGCUACCGUGACCCUGUUGUGAUUUAUGUUAGUUACUUCUUCCUUUACAAGGAUGAUAAAUUACGCAAGUCUCCUGCUCAGCGUGCUGCUGCCAUUGCUACAGCCGCCUUGGAGUUUAAGCGACAGAUUGCUCAAAAGACGUUGGAACCCGAAUAUGUCAAGGGAGAGCCCCUUUGUAUGGAUUCAUUCAAGUACAUGUUUAACAAUUGUCGUAUUCCCAAGAAGCCAUCGGACUAUGAAGCCACCUUUGAUAUCUUGAACAAUAACCAUGUAGUCGUGUUGAGAAAGAACAGAUUCUAUGUGGUGGAUACGAUUUACAAUGGAAAGCAACUGUCUACUGCUGAAUUGCAGCAUCAGUUCCAAAAGAUCAUUGAUCAAGCUGGUCAAUCCAAGGGUAUUCCCAUUGGUGUGCUGACUUCUGAUAACCGUGAUAAGUGGACAGAUUAUCGCGAAAAUUUAAUUGCCGCAAAUCCUGAGAACCGAAAAGUGCUGGAAAAGAUCGAAUCCUCUGACUUUGUGAUAUGUUUGGAUGACUCCAAGCCUGUGACUCGUGAUGAAGGUUCUCGCGCUUGCUGGCAUGGCGAUGGACGUAACCGAUUCUUUGAUAAGCCUCUCCAAUUCAUUGUGUUUGAAAACGGAAAGGCUGGUUUCAUGGGAGAGCACUCUUGCAUGGAUGGUAUGGCCACUUGCCGAUUGAACGAGUUUGUAUGUGAUGGUCUGGCCAGAAACAAGAUCGAACAUGGGCCUACUGACAUUCGCUCUGAUCUUCCUGAACCACAAGAACUUCAGUUUGACAUCAACAGUCAGGUGAGCAAAGAUAUUGAAGCUGCCGAAACCAACUUUGAAAACUUGAUCAAGAAGCAUGAGUUGACCGUGCUGAACUAUCAAGCCUAUGGUAAGGACUUGAUCAAGAAGUACAAGUGCUCUCCUGAUGGCUUUGCUCAAAUGGUUAUCCAACUCGCUUAUUACAAGAUGUUUGGUACAUCUCGUCCCACUUACGAAUCAGCUCAGACCCGUAAAUACCAACGCGGACGUACCGAAACUGCCCGUACGGUUACAGUAGACUCUGUUGCCUUUGUCAAGGCAAUGGAAGAUCCUAAUGUACCCGUUCAGGAAAAGAUUUCUGCUUUCCGUAAAGCGCUCAAGACUCAAGGUGCCAACAUGGCCGAUGCUGUCAAUGGUCAUGGUUGUGAUCGUCACUUGUUUGGCUUGAAGAACAGUUUGAAGGAUAGUGAAGAGAAGCCUGAGCUGUUCAAGGAUCCUGCCUAUGCUUAUUCUUCUCACUGGUACUUGUCUACUUCUCAAUUAUCGUCUGAACACUUUGACGGAUAUGGCUGGGGACAAGUCGUCAAUGAUGGUUUCGGAGUUGCUUACAUGGUCAAGAAGCAUGCCUUGCAAUUUAACGUGGCUAGUGUGAAAGAUUUAGAGGUUCAUGGUACCAAAUAUGUAAAUGGCACGUAUCACUUUAAGCAGUGUCUUGAAGACGCUGCCAAUGAGUUGAAGGAAUUAAUGGAUACUGAAAUUGCAUCUGAAGCCAAAUUAUAA